AUGACGGGCGUGGCGGGCCGCGGCGGCGGCUGCCGCGGGAGCGGGCGGCGUGCGGCGGCCGGCAAGGAGGGCGGCCGGUCGCGGAGCGCUCAGCCGCGGGCGGCGGGCGGCGGCGGCAGCGGGAGCGGCGGGGGCUCGGAGGAGGAGGAGCAGGAGCAGCAGCGGGACGGCGGCUCGCUCUUCCUGGUGAACAAGAGCGGCUUCCCCAUGGACGGGCAGACCUGGGAGCGCAUGUGGGGCCACGUGGAGCGGGUGCACCCCGACGGCGGGGCCGUGGCCGCGGCCAUCCGGAGCGCCGCCCGCCUGGCUCGGCCCUCAGUGCCACCAGUGCCAAACUACAAGCUCUCCAUGUCAAUCCCAGAAUGGCUCCAGGCAAUACAGACCUACAUGAAGAUGCUGCAAUACAAUCACACAGGAACACAGUUCUUCGAGAUCAGAAAGAGCAGACCUCUGAGUGGGUUAAUGGAGACAGCAAGAGAAAUGACCAGGGAGUCCUUACCUAUCAAAUGCCUUGAAGCAGUUAUCCUGGGGAUCUACUUAACCAACGGGCAGCCCUCGGUGGAGCGAUUCCCCAUCAGCUUUAAAACCCACUUCUCAGGGAACUAUUUCCAUCACGUGGUGCUUGGCAUUUACUGCAACGGCCGCUACGGCUCGCUGGGCAUGAGCAGGCGCUCGGAUCUCAUGGACAAACCUCUCACGUACCGGACUCUGAGCGACCUCAUCUUCGAAUUCGAAGACUCCUAUAAAAAGUACUUGCAUUCGGUGAAAAAAGUGAAAAUCGGGUUGUACGUGCCGCACGAGCCACACAGCUUCCAGCCCAUCGAGUGGAAACAGCUGGUCCUCAACGUCUCCAAGAUGAUGCGCACGGACGUCAGGAAGGAGCUGGAGAAGUUUGCCAGGGAUAUGAGGAUGAAGAUUCUGAAGCCGUCCAGUGCCCAUUCUCCGAUGAAGGAGAGGCCCCGGGGAAAGUCGCUGUCGCCGCGCCGGAGGCAGGGCAGCCCUCAGAGACGGGCCUGCAGGAGGGACAAGUCGCCGGCGGUGCUGGACAAGAAGGGAGACCUGGCUGCGCUCAACGAGGUUGGCUACCAGCUCCGCAUCUGACCAGUGCCACGGGCUCCUGAGGGCUUCCCGCUGCUGCCGCUGCACUUCACCUGCACCCCCUCGGAAGGAAAAAGGAAUGGGACUGCUUUUUAAUUUAUGUACUCUCACAAUAAAAGUUUGACCUAGAUAAUAGGGGGUAAUUGUUUUUGGUGGCAGUAUUUAUUUCAAUUUACAGAAAAGGCAUCAGUGAAGAGAACCUAAAAUUAGAUUUGCCAGGAUAUGAGAUGUUUUUUCUCUCCCAUCAUGUAGCAGGUGACUUCAGUGGUGUGAGUUUCUUCAAAUAUAAUUUCCCUGUACAAGUGUUAAUUGAACUUGGCCUUGUGCUGGGUGGUUGCAUUGGAGUAACUAACAAAUCAUAUUCUUAGUAUUAAGAUGUGCUGGGGUGCAGUGCAAUUUAAAAAAAAUCAUAUUCACUAUUAAUCUUUAAUUCAGCAAUAAAAGCAAGCAGUGAAGAAGUGGCAUAAGUUUUUAAAGUAUCAGUAUUACCUCACUAGACUUAAUAGAUAUGCAAAACUGUCAGUAUUAUUGUUUUCUAACCGAUUUGUACUGUUUCCCAGCAUUACUGGGAGUAUUAAAACAGCACUGGAUGUUUUACUGCCACAUCCGUUAUUAUUUUCUGUGUGUUGCCGAACGAUGUUAAGUAAUAGUAAUAUGCAACUGUAUUCUUAACACUGACAUCUUGUUAGGCAAGACACAAGGGUUGAGGUUUUUUAAAUGAUGAUAAUUGAUGAAUAAUGAAUUUUUAAACUUUCAUAAUUUUUUUUAUACUUUUGUCACAAGCUUUUAGUCUUUCUGAACUACACCGCUGAAGCACAAAACAUAGAGAUUGCUGUUUUGUAGAGACAAGUCAGCUUUUUUCUCAUAUAUGUAGUACCUGGAAUAAUGGAAGAACUGUGGGAACUGCUAACCUGAGUCUAUAUGUGCUUUUCUCUCCACAUAUUUAUGUGCAAAUUUGAACCUUGUCUUUGAAAGGCUGGGCAGUCUCUGAUGGUGACGCCUUGACACCUUGUAUUAAAUCAGGCAUGGCGGGCUGAAGUCAAACCUGCCGUGCUGGGCAGGGAGUUUUCCUGCACAUGUUGUACUAACAACUGCUUAGUCAGACUUGAAUAAAGCAGUAUGACUGAAAUAGAUGAAAAUCAAGCUUGUCUGCUUCCUCCCUGCUCAGUUGUAUUGUUGUAAGACUUGGCUAAAGACCUGUGAUGGACAGCAGUGUUCUCAAGUGAUGCGGUAAGACUCGCUGGGGUCCACCAUUCGACUUGGUGAAGUUUUCUGGAAGCAUUUGAGUGCUGCAUUCCUGGAAUUGUUUCAUUAGGUGCCUAAAUAUAAACUGGAUUAUUGUACAUGUCCAGCCUCUACCCUUUGUGCUGUGCUCAUAGAUGAUGCUGCCAUGGGCCUGGUGUACCUCCCCUCCUGGGCACUGACUUUUUUGGGAUCUUGAUGAAGAUGGAUGCUGUUACAGACUGACAGUAAUGCUUAUUCAAAUGGAAUGAUGUAAGCUCCUAGGACACUUCCAUCAGCCAGAAAAUGAAGGAAUAUUAAAGGAAAGAAUUGCUUGUUCACAGACCUCAUUGCUCAAAAAACUGAAUUUCACCUGCCUAGGACAGGAAGAAAAAGCCAAGACCCAGCAACCUUCUACGGCCAAUGAAAGGCUUUCUACUGAUUAAGAGUUCAAAAGCUCUAGAAAAAGAACUUUUCAAAAGUGUGACACCUCUUUAUCCAAGUUUACCAUAUCAAUAUCAGGAAGGCCUUUCCCAUCCCUCUUUCUUUAAACUUUUCCACUCCUGUGUUCACAGCAAGGAUUUUUUUGCUUAAGGAGUGAAGCUGAAGAGAGGGAAAUACUCUUUUGGUAGAAAUUCUUGUGUAAUUUGACAUCAGCUGCAGAGUUUUGGUUUUAAACUUUGUGCUGCCCAGUGUCUUGUGACCUAAAUAAUUUUUUUAAUGACUUCUCAUGGAUAAAAUGAUGUCGAAAAACUUGAUCAGCUGUAUCCUAUAGCACAAUGUUACCUGAUAUGUUGCAACUUUUUUCUAUGAAACCAUGGUUUACUUCAGCUCAAAUAUUGGUUGUAAUAUAGUUUCUACCCUUGUCCAGCACACUUUAUUUUCUCUUAACUGAUACUGAAGCUUUUUAAUGCUGUAGAGGUGUGUUGACAAAUUGCUCUUGGUCCUUGUCUAAAGUUCUGCUGAAAUAUUCUCUUGAAACUUGCUUAUGAUGGCAUUUGUCUUAAGUGUGGUUCAAGUGACAGCAAAGUGAUCAAAUAGUAUAGAAAAACAUGCAUGACUUUUUGGGCUUUUUCUCAUCUCUUGUAUAUGCACAGCAUGAAACUUCAAUAAAAGUAUCAUGGUAGUCUUUUUCUAUGACUUACGUGUGGUUUCUUUUUUGUUUUUGCUCUUAGCAAGGGUUGCUACAACUGAACUAUGUUUUUACCUGUAAUGUGGAUGUACCCAGAAAUUUGUUGCCUCUAUCUAGGUAUGCUGGCAUCUAUGAGGUUACUCAGAUGCUUGAAGCCAGACAGUAUCCAGGAUCAAACAGGUUGUCAUCCUCAGCAUCAAUCUCACUGUUAUCAGGCAGAGGAAAGAGC